GAAUUUGGCUAAUGUGGAAGAGAUUGGGAUGUGUUCAUACAUUAACCAUGUUAUCACCAUGACCACGUUGUACAUUCAACAGUUAAAAAGCAAAACAAAAGAAAAAGAAGUGGAGGAUCAGACUCCUAUAGAAGAAUUUGUGAGACAUGCAUUGGCUUUCUGUGAAAGUCUGUACGAUCCGUAUCGAAACUGGAGGCAGCGAAUAGCAGGACGUUUCCUUAGUACAGUUGAAAGGAGCAGACAGAAGUAUAAACCAGCUUCCCUCACUGUUGAAUUUGUCCCUUUCUUUUACC